GUUGAGCUAGAGGCGCGGGGGCGUAGUAGGGAAACUGGAAUUUCCCGCGGAGCUGACGGCGCUUUCUCUCCCCCCCUACUCGUUUGAAUUCCACGCGCUCCAAAAUAUCCGCCAUGGAGAAAUCUUGGCCAGGAUGUCCGUUCUAGGCCCAUUGGUGCUGUCCUGCUGAAGGUUGGGUCAGAUGUCUGUAGGAGUCGUGGCAAGGGAGGGUGUGACUCGGGCCUGAGCCUCGCCCAUCAUCGCCAUGAACUUUGAGGGUCUGGAUCCUGGCCUGGCCGACUUUUCCCCUGCUAUGCAUUCCACCCUGGAUCCAGUCUUGGAUGCCCACCUGAACCCAAGUCUGCUACAGAAUGUGGAGUUGGACCCAGAGGGGGUGGCCUUGGAGGCGCUUCCCGUCCAGGAAUCCGUGCACAUCAUGGAAGGUGUCUACUCUGAAUUGCACAGCGUGGUGGCUGAAGUGGGAGUCCCCGUGUCCGUCUCCCACUUUGACUUACAUGAGGAGAUGCUAUGGGUGGGGAGCCAUGGGGGCCAUGCCACUUCCUUUUUCGGUCCAGCCUUGGAGCGCUACUCAUCCUUCCAGGUCAAUGGCAGCGAUGACAUUCGGCAGAUCCAGAGCCUGGAGAAUGGGAUCCUUUUCCUCACCAAGAACAACCUCAAGUACAUGGCCCGUGGGGGACUCAUCAUAUUUGACUAUUUGCUGGAUGAGUGCGAGGACAUGCACAGUCUCCUGCUCACUGACAGCAGCACUCUGCUCAUCGGCGGGCUGCAGAACCACGUGCUGGAGAUUGACCUGAACAGUGUCCAGGAGACUCAAAAGUAUGCAGUGGAGACACCCGGAGUCACCAUCAUGAGACAGACAAAUCGCUUCUUCUUCUGUGGCCAUACAUCUGGCAAGGUUUCCCUGCGAGACCUCCGCAGUUUUAAAGUGGAGCAUGAAUUUGAUGCCUUCUCAGGGAGUCUGUCAGAUUUUGAUGUUCAUGGCAACCUGCUGGCUGCCUGUGGCUUCUCUAGCCGCCUCACCGGCCUGGCGUGUGACCGUUUCCUCAAGGUGUAUGACUUACGCAUGAUGCGUGCCAUCACACCGCUUCAAGUCCACGUGGACCCUGCCUUCCUGCGCUUCAUCCCUACGUACACCUCCCGCCUUGCUAUCAUCUCCCAAUCAGGUCAGUGCCAGUUUUGUGAGCCCACAGGCCUGGCCAACCCAGCCGACAUCUUUCAUGUGAGUGCCGUGGGCCCUCUGCUGAUGACUUUUGAUGUGUCAGCCAGCAAGCAGGCUCUGGCCUUUGGGGAUUCUGAGGGCUGUGUGCAUCUCUGGACGGAUUCCCCUGAGCCAUCCUUCAACCCCUAUUCCCGUGAGACUGAAUUUGCUUUGCCCUGUCUUGUGGACACAUUGCCGCCUCUGGACUGGAGCCAGGACCUGCUGCCUCUCUCCCUUAUUCCUGUUCCUCUCACCACUGACACGCUGCUCUCUGACUGGCCUGCUGCCAACUCCGCUCCUGCUCCCAGGCGAGCACCACCUGUGGAUGCAGAGAUUCUUCGAACCAUGAAGAAAGUGGGCUUCAUUGGCUACGCGCCCAACCCUCGCACCAGGCUGCGCAAUCAGAUUCCCUAUCGACUAAAGGAGUCGGACAGUGAAUUUGACAACUUCAGCCAAGUCACGGAGUCCCCGAUAGGGCGAGAAGAAGAGCCGCAUCUGCACAUGGUUUCUAAGAAGUACCGAAAGGUAACCAUCAAAUAUUCCAAGCUAGGGCUGGAAGACUUUGACUUCAAGCACUACAAUAAGACACUGUUUGCUGGAUUAGAGCCCCAUAUCCCCAAUGCCUACUGUAACUGCAUGAUCCAGGUGCUCUACUUCUUGGAGCCUGUUCGCUGUCUAAUCCAGAACCACCUGUGCCAGAAGGAGUUCUGCCUGGCAUGUGAGCUUGGCUUCCUUUUCCAUAUGCUGGAGCUUUCUCGUGGCGAUCCUUGUCAGGGCAGUAAUUUUCUUCGAGCAUUCCGCACGAUUCCUGAGGCCUCAGCACUGGGUCUCAUCCUGGCUGAUUCGGAUGAGGCUUCAGGCAAGGGCAGCCUGGCCAGGCUUAUCCAGAGGUGGAACCGCUUCAUUCUCACUCAGCUGCACCAGGAUAUGCAGGAGCUAGAAGUCCCCCAGGCUUAUCGAGGCGCUGGAGGAAGCAGUUUCUGUUCGUCAGGGGACUCUGUCAUCGGGCAGCUGUUCAGCUGUGAGAUGGAGAACUGUAGCCUCUGCCGCUGUGGCAGUGAGACUGUGCGAGCCUCCUCCACUCUGCUCUUCACACUCUCCUACCCUGAGGAUAAAGCCGGGAAGAACUAUGACUUUGCUCACAUCCUGAAGCGAAGUAUCUGCCUGGAGCAGAACACGCAGGCCUGGUGUGACAGCUGUGAGAAGUACCAGCCCACAAUUCAGACCCGCAACAUCCGACAUCUGCCAGACAUUCUUGUCAUUAACUGUGAAGUGAAUAGCUCAAAAGAGGCUGAUUUCUGGAGAUCACAAGCUGAGGUUGCCUUCAAAAUAGCGGUGAAGAAAUACAGUGGGGAUAUUAAGAACAAGGAGUUUACCUUGGCUGACCGGAAGGAACCGAGGAGUCCAGAGGGCUUGCUCUGUUCCUCCAUUGAGGAGCUGAAGAAUGUCUGGCUUCCGUUUUCCAUUCGCAUGCAGAUGACCAAGAACAAAGGGCUGGAAGUUUACAAUUGGACUGAUGGGAAUGAGAUGCAGUGGGGUCCAGCCAGGGCAGAGGAGGAGCAUGGUGUCUAUGUGUAUGACCUGAUGGCUACUGUGGUACACAUCCUGGACUCACGAACAGGAGGCAGCUUGGUGGCUCACAUCAAAGUAGGCGAGACCUACCACCAGCGCAAGGAGGGUGUGACUCACCAGCAGUGGUAUCUUUUCAAUGACUUUCUUAUUGAACCUAUUGAUAAGUAUGAAGCUGUGCAGUUUGACAUGAAUUGGAAAGUACCUGCUAUCCUGUAUUACGUCAAAAGGAAUCUCAAUUCCAGAUACAACCUGAACAUCAAGAACCCUAUUGAGGCUAGUGUGCUGCUGGCAGAAGCCUCGUUGGCACGGAAGCAGCGGAAAACACAUACUACCUUUAUUCCACUGAUGCUGAAUGAGAUGCCACAGGUUGGGGACCUGGUGGGCCUUGAUGCCGAGUUUGUCACUCUUAAUGAGGAAGAAGCAGAGUUACGUAGUGAUGGUACCAAGUCUACCAUUAAACCAAGCCAGAUGUCAGUAGCAAGGAUCACCUGUGUUCGGGGCCAAGGGCCUAAUGAGGGUAUCCCCUUCAUUGAUGACUACAUCUCUACCCAGGAGCAGGUAGUAGAUUACUUGACUCAGUACUCGGGGAUAAAGCCAGGCGACCUUGAUGCAAAAAUUUCCUCCAAGCACCUCACUACUCUCAAGUCUACCUACUUAAAGCUUCGUUUUCUCAUUGAUAUUGGAGUCAAGUUUGUGGGUCAUGGUCUGCAGAAGGACUUCCGGGUCAUCAACCUCAUGGUGCCCAAGGACCAAGUUCUUGACACAGUCUACCUGUUCCACAUGCCCCGAAAGCGAAUGAUUUCCCUACGGUUUCUCGCUUGGUACUUUCUAGACCUGAAGAUUCAAGGUGAGACCCAUGACAGCAUUGAGGAUGCCCGCACAGCACUUCAACUCUACCGGAAGUACCUGGAGCUGAGCAAGAAUGGCACUGAACCCGAGUCCUUCCACAAGGUGCUCAAGGGGCUUUAUGAGAAGGGCCGGAAGAUGGACUGGAAGGUGCCUGAGCCUGAAAGCCAGACAAGUCCCAAGAAUACAGCUGUCUUCCCCUCAGUGUUGGCACUCUGACCUGUCCUUGCCUGAGAGACAGCCUCUCCACUCGGGAACUGGAUCUGCUCAGGGCCUGCAGAUGGUGCUGUUCACAGAACUGGAAAGCAGCAAAACUGUCGCAGUGGGUCUGGAAGCCAGAGUCCCUCCUUAUCCUCUGCAAAGCCUAAACUGACCCAGGGGAAAAUACUAGGUAUUCUUUUUUGUUUUGUUUGCCUUUUUCAAGACAGGGUUUCUCUGUAGCAUUGGAGCCUGUCCUGGAACUCAACUUUGUGGUCCAGGCUGGCCUCAAACUCACAGAGAUUUGCCUGCCUCUGCCUCCCAAGUGCUGGGAUUAAAGGCCUGUACCACCACUGCCCAGCAAUACUUGGUAUUCUUAAUAAAUAUCCUGGAUUAUUGAUAUCUAAACAAAAAGCUCCUAGGAGUGAAGAGAUGGUUAAGGGCACUGGCUGCUCUUCCAGAGGUCCCGAAUUCAAGUCCCAGCAAUCAAUCUGGUGCCCUCUUCUGGUGUGCAGGCAUACAUGCAGGCAGAACACUGGAUCCAUAAUAAAUAAGUCUUUAAAAAAAAAAAAGCUCCUAGACUCAGAACUGAGUCCCCAGCCAGCUAGAGAACUGAAGUCCUUGAUGGUGCCGGUACAAGAGAUCCAGACAGCGCAAGCCUCCCGCUGGCUGACAGAUGAUGGCAAUGAUGGCUGGACAGACCAGCGUGUGGAAUCCUAAUGGGCCAAUCAAACCAGUGUGGAGGAAGCUGAGCUGACAAGUAUCUGUCUUCCAUACAUUCUAUCUUGAGUUUUGUUUUAUUUUUUAAGAAAAUUUGCUUAAAACGGCAUGUUUUAUAAAAUAAAAAUAUUUUUAUCUCAUU